ACGAUGAAACGGUGCACUAACUAUUCUGCAAACACCAGGAAGUGAACGCCAUGAAGACCGUCCUUGACAACCAGGAAACACACCAUGAGCAGGCCAUCAAGAACCUGUUGAUGAACAUUGAACUACUGCCUGAUCAAUUUGAAUACUUGCUGAAGACGAGUAAUAAGGAAAGGACUGCUGACAAGAAGGCGCUUGCUAAGGAUGGUAAGCGCGAGAUGAAAUUCCACUGGGAAUAUGAUGAAGUGCGUGAGCCACGACAUGGGUACGUGUGCGAUCAGGUGAGGUAUUUCCGUCAACAGAGUAUGGCAGUCAUGCGAGACUCGGUUGUCCACCUCACCGCCACAAAAAAUGAGGUUCUCGAGGAGAGCUUGAAGAGUUGGAAGCGUGGCUUGCAGAGUUUUUCUUUGUACAGAGCAAUUGUGGCUGAGGUGCAGGCAGACUUGCAAUUUCCGCUGACGAAGCCUCAAGAGGAGAGCACUAUCGAAGCUUUGUUCAACCUGUUGCUUCAGUUGAAGAAGAAUUACAAACGCCUUGCUGAGAUGAUCUUUGCCCAGCAGUCUGUCACCACAGAUUACAAACUGUGCUUGCAGCAGGCUGCAGAUUUGGUGCAACUUAGUAGUAUAUUUGCACAGAACCUCCUCACUUCAGCAGAUGAGCGGGGGGACACUGCUGCAGAGAAAGCUGACCUACGCAAUCUGAUUGUCGAGCUGCUUCUUCUCCAGAAGUCUUAUCAGAAAUGGGCCAGCUCAUUGUCCGGAAUGCGGCUUCAAAACAUCAUGCACAUUCUGCCAAUCGUAGGUGGUUUUGGCUCAAGCCCAGCGACAGCUGUGCAGUAUUUCGGGAACGCUAUAUUAUCGAGACGGCGCUCUAGUCGCCCCAUCCGGUCAUCCCAGUUGGUGAAGGAGGUAGUUGUGGCUUUGUGGUCCAGCCAGAUCCACUCUGCCACAUACCAGUUCACCUCUGAGAUCCGGCCAUCCUUCUCGAUCCUGGCCAACUGCUCCAACAGUCCUAUCUGGUUAGAUAGAGAUCACACAGUUCAGCUUGAUCCCAAUCUUAUUCACAAGUUCAAACUGUGGUCAGACAUUCUGGACAACGUUGGUGGGAUGCUGUUUCAGCAUUUCUUCGAUCAGCCAGGUGUCGAGCCAGCUGAACACAUUUGGCAAGAUUUUCUGCUGGCCAGAGGAGCCAUCGAGCGUGCUUUCCUCCAGUGUCCGGCAAAUGUUUUGCAGAUAAUGGCAAUAUGGACGAUCCACAGGUGGCCCCUCGAGGAAACCGAGGGUGGGUUCAGCAACGGCAACGAGUGGGGAAAUGGUGACAUCACUACCGUGGUGGCCAACAAGGGUGACACCUACAAUGGAGGAGUAUGGAAGAAGAGGGCACGCCCCUUUCCUGAACAUCCUGGCAUAGCUUCGGGGAAAUCCUGGGAGAAAAUGAACAUAACGCAGAAGGUGUGGCAGGAUCGAAUGGACAAUCACCAGUGCCUCAAGUGUGGCACUGAGGGACACAUCAUUGCAUGGUGUCCCUUGAUUCGGAACCCAAAAGGGAGUGGCCAGUAGGAGUAGCAUUUGCUCCUGCUGAGCUGGAAGGUUUGGAUAAUGAUGUGGCGCCCCAAAACCCUUUGAGCCCUCCAACGGGCAUGACAAACCCUCACCCAUAUUGCCUUGAACAUGUGUUGUGUGGAGUCUCACUGGGUGAGUCCCUUGAGGAACUUGGAAACAAAUAGUGAAUCUGAGA